AUUUUUAACUUUUCCCUCCAAAAAAUAUGUUAAUUGUUACACAUUAACAUGGGGGACUUGAAUUCUGUAAUAUCGUAUAACGUAUGGUUUACGGGACUUAAUUUGUGAUUUUUCUAUAAAUGACUCCAAAGGAUAAAAAUCAGCAGACUGAACCCAAAGUUCUUCUUGGGAGGCCUAAAAAUAACCUAAAGCUUGGAUUAGUUGGUCUUCCAAACGUGGGAAAAUCUACCACUUUUAAUCUCUUGUCUAAGCAAUGCGUUCCUGCUGAAAACUUCCCAUUCUGUACAAUAAAUCCGCAUGAAGCUGUGGUUUCAGUGCCUGAUGAUAGGUUUGAUCAUCUCUGUAAGGUGUUUACUCCUAAGAAGGAGAUUUCAGCCACCGUCACAAUUUUUGACAUCGCUGGUCUUGUGAGAGGUGCUCACAAGGGUGAGGGCCUUGGAAACGCCUUUCUAUCACACAUUGAUGCUGUUGAUGGGAUUUUACAUGUGGUGCGUGCCUUUGAGGACGAUGAGAUAGUUCACACUGACGGUGAGGUUAACCCUGUGAAUGACCUCGACACUAUUAACCAGGAGUUGAUUUUGAAGGACCUUGACAAGUGUUCCAAGGCUAUUUCUGAGGUUGACAAGGUUUACCAGCGUAACAUGAAGGUCAAGUCUAAAAAGGAAGAACUUGAUACUCUGAUUAAAGUUAAGGAACAUUUAGAAAGUAAUAAAUGGAUUUCUCAAGGUAAUUGGAAAUCGAGUGAAAUUCCUUAUAUAAACGAGUAUAAUUUUUUGACUGCAAAACCCAUUGUAUAUUUGGUGAAUAUGUCUGAAAACGAUUUUGUAAGGCAGAAGAACAAGUGGCUAUCCAAGAUCGCCAAGUGGGUCCAAGAAAACAACCCAGGUCCAAUCAUCCCAUAUAGUGCAGAAUUUGAACAAUCACUUGAAGCUUUCCCAACCGAAGAAGCACGCAAAAGAUAUCUUAAAGAUAAGAAUAAUGCAAUAAGUAAGAUAGGAAAGAUAAUAACGAGUGGUUAUCAUGAAUUACAGUUAAUACAUUAUUUUACUUGUGGCCCUGAUGAAGUCCGUUGUUGGACUAUAAGGAAUGGUACAAAAGCUCCUCAGGCCGCUGGUGUGAUUCAUUCAGAUUUUGAGAGGGGGUUUAUUUGCGCAGAAGUUUAUAAUUACCAAGAUAUUGUACAGUUCGGAACAGAAUCUGAAGUGAGGGCGAAUGGAAGAUACUUGCAGAAAGGAAAGGACUACGUUGUCAAUGACGGGGAUAUUAUUUUCUUCAAGUUCAAUGUUACAUCCAGUAAAAAGUAAUAUUAUAUCGGCUCAAAACUA